AAAAAUGUUAUCUUUAUUGCCAGUGUUAACUUUAUGAAAAAUGCUAGACAUUUGAUGUGAUGUAAGAAAAUAAUUGGAGGAAAAACUGUUUUGUUUCUGAAACUGUCAAAGGAUCAUUUGUCACGUGGCAAAAUGUAUUCCUGUACUUGGAUCUUUGCUCUGUACUUGGAUCUUUUGCUGCUCAUUUGAGAGUGAGACUUCAGUAUCAAAGAGGAAAUAAAGAGAAUCUAGGGUAAAGUCAAGAACUCAUAAAUCUCAUCAUAAAGCAGGACUUAAAAAGGAUAUUCUCUGAUAAUGUCUGACACGUCCAUGAUGAGUAACAAUGAGGCAUAUAAUCAUUAUCUGAAUGGUAUGACCCCAUCUGAAAUUGCUGUACACUUCAAAGAGAUUUAUCCCGAGUUUGGUGAUCUUGAUGUUGAAGAAGUCCUUCUACAACAGGAAAGUGCAUAUCUACAUAUUCAAGCCAGUGGAAAGGAAAAGGUGUCAACAUCUGACAAUGGCCAAACUAGCAAUAGUAGUCAGAAUUCAGCACAAGAAAAUGAUUCACAACUAGCUCUUGAUGAAGCUUUUGCUAGAUCUUUGGAAUUGGGGGACAACUUAGCUGACGUAUAUAGUUCUGAGCGUGGUGGCAGCAUAGUUGAGAGCACAGACUCAACUCCCAGAGUAACACCUGCCAGGAUAGUGAGCCAAAACACAAGGGAAGACGAAAUUGAUCCAGAUAUUAUGAAUUAUGAGGAAUUGCUGUCACUAGGGGAAGCUGUUGGCAAUGAGAGCAAAGGACUUUCAGAUGAUCUCAUCUCUCGUUUACCGACUUUUAAAUACAAAGCAGGGUUGUUCUCCAAGAAAAAGAAAAAAGAGUGUGUGAUAUGUUGUGCCGAAUACAAGAAUGGAGCUAAGCUGAUAACUUUGCCUUGUGCACACCAGUAUCAUUCAGCAUGCAUUACACGUUGGUUGAAACUCAAUAAGAAUUGUCCCGUGUGUCAAGAGGAGGUUCGAGGAGAAUAAUUUGUGAAAGUUUCCUUGGCAAAGUGCUGCCUAUGUAUCUCUUGCUUGCAUCUACUGGUUUUGGCAGCAUCAUUGGAGUAUUGGAUUAACCUGUUUUCAAGUUUACAAAUUCUACUCUAAAAUAAUUUGACUUGCUUAAGUACUUGUUUGUGUAUAUAGUGCAAGCAAUAUACAUGUGCUUGUAACUCCCUUGUAAAGAUUUUUUUCAGUGGAUGUAAAAUACUUUAUUGGCAGUAACUUUGUGCUUGCUUGAGUCAAUGGAUGAUGGUUAUAAUUAUCUUCGCUUA